AUGGACGACCUGAAGGAGCAGCACCAUUCACAUACGCCCAAUGGAUUCAUGCAAGACACACCGCCACGUGCCGAUGUGGACGAGAUCUUGCGGCGGAAGCGGAAAGCGAGGGAAUAUAAGCGCAAGGUCAAAUGUGACCAGAACGUGCCUUGUAAGACAUGCGUCGUCCGCGAACAUCCCGAACUGUGUACCUACCACCCACCGAGCGAGUCGCAUCCGCCUGCGAAACGAAUACACCUUGGUAUUGGACAGAACAACGGCCAUGACUUUUCCAAUGGCUUGGUGCAUAUUCACGGCGGUACAGUCACAUUGCCGCGAGAGGACUGGGAACGCAUCUGCGGCAAACUUCAACAGGCUGAAAAGUCACUCAAUGAUCUGAAGAAUGCCGUCGGCAGCGUCGCAGAGAUUCCCCCACCCAUGAAUGGCUUCUCUCCUGGCGAUGGCUCUGGUAACACUCCCUUGGCGGCGGCAGCGCCUAUGGACGGCGAGCAGAGCCAUGUCCGCACUCAGGGCAUACACACGCGCAACGACAUCACCGGCCAAACCAUACACAUCGGACCCAGCUCCGUACCCGCUCUGGUCAUGGCUCUCGGACGGGGGGAUACACAAUGGGCGCCGGGAGUACAAGAUCUGCUAGGCAAGAAGAGCAUGCUGCCCAUCUUUGGCCUGGACAACGAGAGCGCUACAUACCCGUUCGUGGACCUCUGGGGACUACCGCACGGAUCGAUAAUGCGCGCCCAAGAACUAGCGAAUGCCCUACCGAGCGAUACCGAAUGCCUCAGCUUCUUCCGAAGUUAUCGAGAAACGGCACAUACCGUCUACCCCGCCGUUGCCGACAUCGAGGCCAUCGAAUCAGAUCUCCUGUUGUUUCUGAUCAACCGCGCAAGCUCACAGGGCAAUACCGGCAUAUCAGAUCAACAGAUACACGGCAAGGACUUUCACUGGAUAGGCCUAGUCUUUGCCAUUCUAGCUUCGGGAUGCCAGUGCUCAAGUCUGUCGCGACGAGAGAGGGAGUUGACAUCUCAGGUCUACGUGUGUUGCAGCUUCGAGUGCCUGCGCUUCACAAACUUCCUGUCGCAUGCGAACAUCGAGAACAUUCAGACCCUCCUGAUUCUUGGCAACGUCAUCUCGAACAAUAUGAAUGCUGGCGUAGCGUGGAGCCUAAUGGGGCUGACGGUACGACUAUCGCAGACGCUAGGGCUACAUCGGCAAUGUCCUCCGUCAACACCCGUGCAACAGAGAGUCGCGCGGAGUAAGACAUGGUGGGCACUGCUAUGGCAAGACUCAUUGCUGUCUGUCUCAUACGACCGGGCCUCGUCGACCACAACCAUUGAUCAUACCGUGCCCAUGAGCCAGCACACGGCGCCAGGGACACGGACUUAUGUUGAGAGUAUGUAUCGCCUGUGCAAGGUGGGCCUCGAUAUCGUGCGCGAGCGUCAACGGCCGCAAAACUCCCACGACGCUCUGAUGAGGAUAACUGAGCACCGCAACGAGCUCCAGGAGAUCAUGAUUGAUGCAGCAGACUAUCUCAAAGACUCUAGGCGAUGUAGGUCGAUGCGCGAUCAACUGGAACACUGGGCAUUGUACCUCCACAUCUCAUACGUGACCUCUGAGCUCUGUCGUCCUGCUAUCAGCCCAGCCACUGCCAACCUCGAUCUUUCGAAAACGCUGCGAAAAACAUGCAUCGACAGCCUCACCAACACUGUUGAGGCCUUCCUCGGUCUGCAAAAUAUGACACCGUUCGCUACUCGUUCGUGGUCUGCCGUACAUCGUUCUUUGAGUUCAGCACUCCUGCUUGGUAUUCUCGGCGAACAUAACCGUAACGAACGCGCGCGAGGUUUACUCCAGAACGUGAUCCAGGUUCUCACCGACGUAACCAAAGACGUCGAUCCUGCCGAACUGGCUACGCCCAUUACACGAUCCGUAUCUGCGCUCGAGCGGCUGCUAAGUAUCACAUCGACGCACAACCGCAAAGCGAGCGAGUCGGGUUCACAGGCUUCACCCACGAUGCAUGUCUUUACAGCGCAGGACAUCAACAACGCUCUGAACGGGGACUCUGACAACAUGUUCUCGCAGUCACCGCUGCUUGGCCUGGAACUUGAUUCUUCGCCCUAUGCGCUCAUGGAGAGCAUCGUGUGGGGCGCGCAGAAGACUCCCUGA